UCGAGCGGCACUGUGAAGGGCGGCUGUUCAUCUAUGAUUUGGAUCGCUCACCAACCACAAUCAACCAAAGAUCCAAGCGUUGCUCGUUACAUGUAACCAGUUCAUAUCCUCCCUGCGUUCAGAGAGAGAGAGAGCCCAUGGAGAAGGAGAAGACGGUCGUUCUGUACCCUGGCCUUUUCGUGAGCCACUUUGUCCCGAUGAUGCAGCUCGCGAGGGCCCUCCUCGACCACGGCUACGCCGUCUCUGUCGCGCUCAUUGACCCCGCCGUCAAGGAGGACAUCGCCUUCGGCGCCGUCGUCCGCCGCGUCGCCGCCUCCAUGCCGUCCGUCCGCUUCCACACGCUCCGGGCCGUGAAGGACACGCCCAAGCUGACCCACGACGCGAGGUUCAUGGUCAGGUACCUCGACCUCCUCAGCCGCUACAACGAGCGCCUCCACGACUUCCUCUUCUCCAUGCUCGCCCGGAACGUCCACACUGUGGUCGUUGACUCGGUGUCCAACGAGGCACUCCGCGUCGUGAAGAGGCUCGGGAUCCCCGGGUACACCAUGUUCACCUCCAGCGCCGCCACCUUCGCCGCCUUCGCCCAGCUCCCUACGAUCCUCGCAGAGGGCGGCCCGAGCUUCAAGGAGCUGGGAGACACCCCUCUCGAGCUCUUCGGCCUUCCACCUAUCCCGGCUUCGCACCUGUUGGGUGAGGUGCUCGAGGACCUGGACAGCGACACAUACAAGGCGACGAUGGCCUUGCUGUGCCGGAUCCCGGAGGCCGACGGCACGCUGGUGAAUACGUUCGAGUCGCUGGAGGCUCGUGCGGUGGCUGCUCUCAGGGACCCUCUGUGUGUCCCCGGCAGGGUACUGCCUCCAGUGUACUGCGUCGGUGCAUUUGUCGGCAGCAUCGCCGACGCCGGGGUAAAAGAGCGGCACGAGUGCCUCGCCUGGCUAGACGGCCAACCGGACCGCAGCGUCGUGUUCCUCUGCUUCGGGAGCAUAGGCACCGGAAACCACUCUGAGGAGCAGCUCAGGGAGAUCGCCGUCGGGCUCGACAAGUCCGGCCACCGCUUCUUGUGGGUUGUGCGAGCCCCCGCCAGCGACCACCCCGGUGCCGACCCGGACCUCAACGCUCUCCUGCCGGACGGAUUCAUGGAGCAAACCAACGGCCGUGGCCUCGUCGUUAAGCUGUGGGCUCCACAGGUGGAAGUCCUCCGCCACAAGGCCACGGGGGCGUUCGUGACGCACUGCGGGUGGAAUUCGGUGCUGGAGGGCGUCACGGCGGGCGUGCCGAUGCUGUGCUGGCCGCUGUACUCGGAGCAGAAGAUGAACAAGUUGCACAUGGUGGGGGACAUGGGGAUCGCCAAGGAGAUGGUUGGGUGGCAGCAGGGCCUGGUCAAGGCCGGCGAGGUGGAGACCAAAGUAAGGCUUGUGAUGGAGUCUGAGGAGGGUAGUGAGCUCAGGUCGCGGGCGGCGGCGUGCAAAGAUGCCGCGGCUGUGGCUUGCAACGACGGCGGGUCGUCGCGCUUGGCGUUUGCCCGGUUCCUGGCGGACGUGGCCAACCGGAAGGAUCGGGCCUGCAGCGAGGAAGUGGGUGAUGCAUGAGCUUGGCAUAUCCGUACAUGUAUUUCAGUAUUUGUCUCUGUCUUCUCUUUUCUUUUCCAUUUAUGAGAGCUAAAAUGCCGUUAUGUUUCUUAGCAUACGUUGCUCGGUUAGCUUGGAUUAAGGUGAUAUGUUUGUGUUGUGACAUGAGGCGCACUUUGGUGCAUGGCAGGAAGAUAGAUGUAUCCUACAAACUUUUCCAU